AUGUCUGACGCCAUUAUUUCUUUUGCCUCUUUAAUUUUAGCUGAUGCUGAAUUGCCAAUCACCGCUGAAAAUUUAUUGACUUUGACUAAAGCUGCUGGUGCCAAUAUUGAUAGCAUCUGGGCUGAUUUAUUUGCCAAGACUUUGGAAGGUAAAGACUUGAAAGAGUUAUUAUCUGGUUUUACUGCUGCUGGUGCUGUUGGCUCAGCUGCUCCUUCUGCCGGUGCUGGUGAAGCUGCUGGCGCUGAAGAAGCUGCUGGUGAAGAAGCUGAAGCUGCCGAAGAAGAAUCCGAUGAUGACAUGGGUUUUGGUUUAUUCGAUUAA